GCGUGAGGGCUGCAGGUUGAUCUUGGUUGCAGAUGAGCGCAGAAUUUAUAAGCGAGAGCAAGUGAAGUGGGGGGGGAGUCCUGGGCAGGAGAAGUACCCAGGCCAGGCGAAUUAUGCAUACGUUAGGCAAACACUGAGAGAAUGGCUGUGGAAGCUAUCCAUUGCAGUCUGAAUCCAAAUGGUAUUGAUCACUCUGUCCAUGCAGAAGGUAUUAACCAGCAAAUUGAAGGUGAAGGCAUUGAAUCUCAAGCCGUUAAGAACAAAACUACCCAGAAGUCACCUGACCUGAAAGAAACACCCAAACGACAACAGAUUGAGGCAGAAGCAUCUAAGUCUGGCACAGUGAAGCUGUCAAAACCAGUGGCUCUGUGGACCCAGCAGGAUGUCUGCAAAUGGCUGAAGAAACAUUGUCCAAAUCAGUAUCAGAUCUACAGUGAGUCAUUCAAACAGCAUGACAUAACUGGACGGGCACUGCUGAGACUCACUGACAAAAAGCUGGAACGAAUGGGGAUCGCCCAGGAGAACCUCCGACAGCACAUCUUGCAGCAGGUGCUUCAGCUGAAGGUUAGAGAAGAAGUCAGGAACCUUCAGUUACUCACACAAGCCUCAACAGAGGGUUCUCCAUAAUCAUGAUUAGCCUCUAAAGCUGCUGUCCUGCCAGUUGAUAUGAAAGUGGCCUCUCCCUCAUGAAAAGUCGAAAAACAGCAGUGCCACAAGACGACCUUGGAGAAUUGAAAGAUUAACUGAGCUCCAACCACUCAGUCAAGAUGAUGGGUUUGGGAAAAUCCUGGUUUGCCAUGGAUUUAAAAUGUGGCACAUCAUCUCCAGUGCUAAUUUGUUCCAAGUGGUCAUUGACAGACCAUUAGCUGGGAAAUUGCUUCCAGUCUCCAUCACUGUGCAUAACUUGAGUUCCCUUUGGGGAACUCUCUGUGCCCUUCACUAGAAGUCCCAUUUUAGCAUGGCAACUACUGGAUUCUUUUAUUAUGUAUGCAGAUGGCAUGAUGUUUUAGGAACCAUUACAACAGUUCUGCAAUCUCAGUGGAAAUGUUCACAAUAUUACACCCCCGAUAGGAAUGUAAACAUGUCUCGUAUCUGUUAGUUAUGCCGUCUAAAGGUAUUCCGUUCAACUAUUAAGCACUUUAUAGGUGAGCUCUACACAGAAGAAUUAGCACGUUCUGUAUAUGUGAAGAAAAAAAAAACUCAAGGUGUUUUUUUUUUCUUUUUUUCCCCAAAAUCUUGUUCUAUCUUUAGGCUGAAAUUGUCCAAGACAAACUCCACUAUUUACAUAUCCUUCGUGGUUUGUGGUAUCUGGGUGUAAAUAUGGUUGUGGUACUGUUAGAUUUCAUCUCAUAACAUGUUAUUGAACAACUGUCUUGAUUCAAGCCAGGAAGAGAUGAGCAUGAGGGUAAGAGAUGGACCAUGGUGAUUAUAAGACAUUACCUAUGAUUUUCUUAUACCUAGAUGCCCUCAUAUUGCCCACAAAUAUAAACAUCCUUAUUUUUCCAUUGUGCCGCUAUCAGCUUUCUUCUAAUCAAUAGAAGCAGAGAUCUUGAAAACAAGGAGACAGAUUCUAUUUUCAUCAGCAACCUUGGCUUAGUGAGUAGUGAAGUCAAGAGAAUUUGGUCAUAUCAUGGCUCUUGCUUGCUACAAAAUGUUAUGAAAAGAGUCAUAGUUUUGUGAUCUCGGUGGAAAUGUUCUCAAUAUUAUAUCCUGAAUAAAAUAUAAACGUGUUUUGUGACAUGUUAUGAGCCUAACAGACUCAUAGCAUCAUAGGUAGAACCUUCUAAGGCAAAAAAUACAAAGCAAAUGGCCAAACUGUAUCCCACAAGAAGGAAAUGAGUCAGUCCCCACUAGGAUUUCUUUUCCCAUAGAUGACUUCUAAGCAUCCGCAGUUAGUUCUCUUUUUGCUAUUUUACCUUCAAUAUUUUGGGGGAAUUUUUUAGUUGUAUUUGAACAAAACCCAGUGCUUUCUAUCCUCAGUCCUUCUUGGAGUAUCAGAGCCUACAUGGACCAAUCCUACUUAAUUGUUCCAAAUUUGUUUUCUGAAACCCAACACCACUAUUUAACCUGAGUCGAGGCCAGGAAAAUUUAUCUCCAGGGGUCUUCACCAUCCCAGGGCCUCGUUUAUGAAGCCUAGAAAGUGACUUCUUUAAAACCACAUGUAAUAACUUGCAAUUGACUGGGUUCUUCCCCAAGUGUAGCAUUUAGCCGUAUCUUCAGACCCACAGGCUCCAUCUAGUUGACCAUCUUCCCAAGUCUUUGAAAGGGUUUGAGCUCAUUGUGCUUCUCUUGAAACCUCCCAGAAAAGGGGAAGGAGAUUCUUUGCAAACCAGUGAGUCAGAGGGAAGGAUGGAUAAACAUAAGUUUAUCAAGAGAGUGCUAGAGAAAAAAGCCUAUUAAGGAAUAAUCCCCAAGAGUCUGUAGGGACUCUUUCUGUACCACCCUAAUCAUUCCCCACCUAUUCCCCAAAUAAAUGCCAAGAGAGGAAAGUAUCAAUGCAGCCCAAAAGGGGCUUGUUGGAGUAGCUUCGAAAAAAGCUGACUUGAAAUUUUUUUGUUGGUUUUUUUGUUUUGUUUUUUAGUGAGGCAAUUGGGGUUAAGUGACUUGCCCAGGGUCAUACAGCUAGUAAGUAUUAAGUGUCUGAGCCCGGAUUUGAACUCAGGUACUCCUGACUCCAGGGCCAGUACUCUAUCCACUGUGCCACCUAGCUGCCCCCUUGACUUGAAAUCUUUAUUCUUUACUCUAGGGUAACCAAACUUGGGCUGAUCAGCCCCUUAUAAUUCCAGGCCUUUAACAGUACCCCUAUUCCUCUUCCCCAGCUGUUACCAUUGAGUCAUGCAAGUAGGACUGAUUCACUUCAAUCUGCUUUACCUUCUCCUGCUGCUUUUCCUAUUGAUUCUUGGUAUAAUUCCAACCCCAAUUUUUCCCCCUCUGGGGAGCACAGCCAAUAUUCCUGCCAUGCCUCUGGUCCUUUGCACAUGGUGGUCCAAUCAAUAGCCACCAAAUCUAAGGCACCAUGGUACAUCAGCCACAAUGGUGAGACUCGGUAGAAAAAUCCAUCCAUUCCAUCCAUGCCUUAUUCCAAGCUCUUCCCAUUCCCAGUUUUCAUCUUACUUCCUAUUCUGUGUUUCAUGUCCUUAUGAUAAAUACCAGUCAUACCACCUUUCCCCAGCCCCACUCCAUCCCACCCAUACAGGUAUAUAUAUCCAUAUGUUGGGUAGGAUAUAACAAUAAAGCACAGGAUUUGGACUCCACAUAGUCCUCUCAAAGAACGCCUGCCAGGUUCUGGAAACAUCGUGGCAAUCUGGUGCCCAUAGAGCCUCUCCUGGAAUCCCUGAGAAAACUGUCUACUAGCUACCAUAUUUGGUCACUUGCUUCUGUCUCAUGGAACAAAUUAAAGGAUAUUGACAUAUUGUCUAACCCUUUGGCUUUGAGGAAGUGCAGUCUGAACAUCGAGAUAAGUCCAUUUCCCAGAUUAAAGUCUUAUUGUGGCUACUUGGAAUAAACAAAGGAAAAAAAAUGUGCAAGAAUAUAAAUGCCCAUAAAUCCAUUAAGGAAAUAAACAAGCCUUCUUCUUUUGCUUUUUUUUUUAAGUCUCCCAACUUGUUUCAAGUCAAAAGGGCUCGUUAGAGUCCUGUUGAGUUGACAUUUGUCAGAAGACAGUUAACCAAGAGAAGGACUCCAGAUAGCUUUUCUAAACAUGUAUUAGUGCCUGGCACAUAUCCUUCACUGAAAUAGCUGAACUACUAUUUUUCAGAUAGUUGUUUUGUUUCAGUGAUUCCCAGAGAUGGUUGGAAAGCAUAGCACUAUAAAUUCAAGGACAGCUUUGAGUGUGAAAUGGAUCUAGUGGAAGCAACAUUGAAUUUGGAGACAGAGGACCUAGGUUCAAAACCUGCCUCUGUCACCUGGAUGACAUUAGGGCAAUUAUUUUUCCUCUCAAGGGCCUCAGGGCCUCAUCUGUAAAAAAAGGGAGUUGAAGUAGAUGGCCUCUAAAGUCCCUUCCAGCUUCAAAUCUAUGUACCUAUGGCCCUACCUUGGGUCUCUUUGGUGGCAGGAGUGUGUGUGGGGAGGGGGACAGGGGCUGAGCGUGCAUAGAUUAAUCAUGGCAUCCUCCCCUAAAUGGUAAGCAUUCUUCCUUGAGUAUCAUGUGUGGAGUGACCCUUCCAAGAAAUUUAGAAAGGGAGAGGGAGAAGAAAGAGACAGAGACAGAGAGACAGACAGAGAGAGAGAGAGAGAGAGGGGGGGGCAGAGAGAAAUGAACAUUGGUCUUUGUUAGAAUUUGGGGAGAAUAUGGGGCAGGGGAGGCAGGGUGAAAGUAGUAUGUUGUUGAAAUACUUUAAAACUUUAAACAUUCACUUUUCUAUUUUCUCAAAGCCUACCCCAUAUCUUCCUAUGAACAAGCAGACACACACCCACCACCUUAGAGGAAAAUAUAGUCUUGAGAAUGAAUAGGCAUGAAUAAUUAUUAGGAGCUCUAGGGUGCCAAAAAGAGAUUUGGGAAAGAGAGGAGAUUAGCUAACUUUCACUAAGGAAUAGAAUUUAAAUUUAAAAGGUUGCAUCAUUUUAUGAAAAUACCCUGGGGUUCUCAGACCUCAGAGAUUCCCUCUACACGUCCUACAAGGAUCUCAGAAUUCUCCUAAAGGCCAACAAGGACAGACUAGACAAUUAUGAGUAUGCAGUAGAGUUUUCACAGCAAAGACAUUUCUAACUCACUAACCCACUGAUACAAUCCAACCUUCUUUAGUUUCCCAGCAAAUACUGAAAUAUGCUUUAACAUCCAGGAGGACAAGGAAUAUCGACCUUAUUUGAGAAAAUAUGCCAAAGAGGAAAACUUCUAAUGGACUUCCCCACCCACACCCCAUUACCUAGUAGUGCUUUUUUUUUGCUUUUUUUUUUUUUUUUGGUCUGCAAAUGUCAUUAUAAUUGAUUUGGUGAAGAACAAUAAAGUCUCACAGAAGAGAAAUUUGCAAGAUCCCUGUUAGUUCUUCAGCUCUGAUAAUCCCCCUGUUUCCAAGUACAUUAGGAAGCUCAUUCUGCACAGUGUUUUCCUCUAUAUUCUUUAGAGUAAUUUUGUUACUUGACAACUAGACUUAAAGCUUUUGUAGAUCUAAAAAAAAAAUCUAAUCUUUGAAAAUGACAUAAAUUUUCUUUAUUCCCUAAAGUCUCUUUUUAUUCACCCCUUCCCAAACCCACAGCAUAUUCCCACCCCAUCCCCUUUCUUUCUACUUCUCUCUCUCUCUUUUUCAUGGUGCUGUGGGUAGGUUUCAAUUAUUUGAUAAAGAAUUCAAAGAGAAAAAGAAAAAAAAACAUGCAUGGAGUCAUCAUUCUUUGCCCCCAUCCAGAUAAAUAACAGCUUCUUGAGUUUGAUGCGGGAGGAGCUUGAUGACCACACCAUUGUGGUGCAUUGGCUUCCAUCUCUGGAACUUGACUUUGAAUCAAUCAAUCAACAAGUAGUUAUUAAGCCAGAGUUAGACACUAGAGUAGGCUCUGGGUAUACAAGUACAAAGAAUGAAACAAUCCCUACUCAUAAUCAAAGGACCCUAAUAAAAGUGGAGAGGGCCAGGAAGUGUUUCAACUACAUUUCAAGUACAGAUAGCUCAUACUUUCUUAAUCCCCUUACCUCUGCCACAUCUAGAUGUCCUCCUGUCACCACAGAAAUUUCAUGAACUCAGUUUUACAAAACAACAUUAUCUCUGGCUCCCCAGAACAGCCUGAAGGCAAGGGAGGACAGCAUCUCCAUUAUUUUUCUUAUGCUCCUUAUUCUCCAGAGGGAAGUAAGGGGAGACUUUUACAAGCCUCAUGCUCAGCUUUUUUCAAAAGUUGUAACUUGCUGGAGCCCUUGAUAACUAGUGCAAAGUAGAUGUUUCCACUGAGAUUCUAAUUCAGGUGUUUGGAAGGAAUGAUGUGUUUGCUCCCUUACUGGGUCUUUACUAUGACCAUCUCCUUGACUCAAAAACUUCUGAGACAUGAGUAGUGUGACUUGGGAGAAACUUAAAAGGGAAGUGCUCUUCAGGUACUUACAGGAUUCGAUCCUCCUGCUCUCAAGGAGAAUGACUGCCAAAUGACUUGAGAAUGAGAAUGGUUGAGGUAAGGCAGAAGAUGGGAUGGUUUGUAAAAGACUUGAUUGAAAUGGGAUUUCACUGGUCAUGAAAUAGUAUACUACUGUUGAGGUACCAGUUCAUUUUUAUUUUCAUUAGUUAUUGGUAAUUAAUUGAAAUAGUAACAAAUUGUAGAGAGUAACUCCCCCCCCUCCAUAUUUCUAAGCCUUUUAAAAUUUCACUCAUUAGGAUCAAAAGAAAUAGUUGCUGAUUUCAAGCAGUUUUCCUAGGCUUUAACAUAAUGAAGCAAAGCUUAAGGGCUGAGCCAGUGGUUUCUAUCACAAUACAAAUCUCUUUUCAGUAUAUGGAAAGAGGGGGGAAGGGGGGAGAGAAUCUUUAGAUUUUAUUUUUAGAGUGACUUAACUACCUUUCUUGAUUUCCUUGAGGAGACUAAAUAAAAGUCUAAUUAUGUGACAUAACCUUAGUUUGGGACAGGAGAUGCCUCAGGAAGCUCAUGGGUUGAGCUUAUCAGGCUAUCCAUUUUCCACUCCUGUCCCUUCUCUCAAAUAGUUUGGCCCCCUCCCUUCUUCUGUCUCCUUCAAAGAUGUUAGCCUGUUUCAGCUAAAGACAUUAGCACUGGUGAGGAAAGACAUGCGUGCACGCACAUGCACAUACACACACACACACACACACACACUUGUAGAUCCCACUUCAGUUUAAUUUAAAUUUUAUAGAAGUGAUAUGCUGCUGUAGUCAGUGAGAUCUGGACACUUACAUCAACUCCCAGUGAUUAUUCUUUGCCACAAUUAAUAUUUGGAUUUUUUUUUAAUUUACACUGAAACAAAAAGAAAACUAUGUUCUGGACUUCCUGAAGUCUCAUGGGUAGUAUUUGCCAAUUUUCACUUUCAUAGCUCAUGCAGUAAGCAUUUAAAUGCAAGGCCUCAAUGGUUUUCUCAACAUGCCUGAAAGUAGUUUUGAAAUACAUAGCUCAAUUCCUGCUCAUAUUUUAAAAAGCAACUGUUUUAGGGGUGGAGACAUCAAAAGGAAUGUAAAUUGAUCCUUAGCGAACAUUGUCACUUUGGGUUUUGGUUUGGUUUGGUUUUCCAUUCUUAUUCAACUCUUACCCUAAACCAAAAAGGAUUGGAGGUUGACCCUCUUGGAGUUGCUAUUAAUCCUAACCGGGAAGCCCAGCCAGAAGCAGUGGGUUCCAGUUGCUUUAAUUCAUGCUUAGGAGAUUUUAAAAACCUCUUGGGGUUUCUGGAUGAUUCCACCACUACUAGUCUCCCUUCCUCCACCAAGAGAAAAAACUGCCCUUACAAGGUUAUAGGAGCCACAGCCGUGGUUUGGCUAGUGGAGGCAACUAACAUUGCAGAGAGCUGAAUAAUGCUGGGAGCUUGACUCGUGCAGGCUUGGAGCCACAUCCCACAUCCCAACUGUAAUUCUCUCAAGAACUACACUUCCAUUGAAGUGAGACCUGAGCCCAGGUCUCAUUGAAUUGAAUUCUGCUGAAAAUCAUCCUAGCACCUCUAAUCAUGCAACUGAAGACAUGUUAAAGCAAUUCCCAGUUAGUUCAACUACUUAAUAUCAUUAGCCUCUAUAUUAAAUAGCUUUACACAAAAUUUUAGAAGAGAUCGCUCUCAUAGUAAAGCUGCAUAUUAGCAAUAAAGAGCACCUGAGAAGAGACAGUAUCCAUCCAUUGUGGUUUCUGUGCUUAGGUUUAUUCUUAGAACUUUGUGGGGGGGACAGCAUAGCUAAGAGAAAUGGAAAGAAUAUAUUGUGAAACCAGGAACACCAAGUUAGGGAUCCAAAGACCUAGGGGUCCAAUCCCAGCUCCAUCUUUUAUUGUUAAACCUUAGGCAAAUAGCUUAGACUCCCUAUCCUCAUCAUGAGAAGAGGAAAGAGACCUGCCCUUCCCAAUUAGUGGGGUUUUCAUUUUCAUUAGGACCAAAUGAGACAAUAUAUGAAUAUUGUAUGUAGUGUGAUCAAAAUAUAAGGUAUUAUCAACAGUGUGAUCUGGGUCAGAAACUCCAUGAAGAUAGAAUUUCAUGAAACACAAUGCCUGGUUCUCCUACUUUAUGCCUUGUGAUCCCCACCUACCAUCUUGAUCACAUCACCACCCUUUGAGGCUUAAACCAGAAAAGAAAGUAGUGAUCAGCAUAACCCACAAUUAUCUCAUUUGCCAAAUGAUAUCCGUACUGUCCUGUGGAUCCCAAAGACCAAGGCAAUCAUCUGUCAUCCUGACUCCAUUUCCCAAUUCACUGAGCACUCUAGUGAGCUAGCCAGCCAAAGGAGAGAGCUUUGAGUUUGGCUUUCAGACAGGCAUAGGUUUUCAAUCCCUGUGUUGCUGAAGAGAAGAGGAAGUGUGCAGCUGACAAAUGGAGGGUAAGGAACCAGAUCAUUCUGUCCUGAAUUCUGACCAUUAGUCACUGUCUAGUAGUGUGGGUUCUGAUAGAGGAAGAGAAGAUCACACAAUGUGACCUGAUUUGCAGACUAGGGAAGGCUUAUUGUAAUAUCAGAAGCAAACCAGUGAAUACUGCUCACUCCCUCUUUGGUAAACUGCAUGCCUGUGCUUGUGUGCAGGAGCACACAUUGUCAGCUAGGUUUAGUAAGUGUACUUUGUAACACCAUAGCCCUGUCUAGGUCAUAGACCUUUUUCACAGCUUCUGUAAGUAUCCCAUAAGCCAGCACCUGCAUCAGCUUCCUGAGAAGGGUUUGAUAUACAGGCAUUUUCUUUUUUCCUCACCCACAGUUGUGUUUCCUCCCUUUACACCAUAGCACUAAGUUUCUGUAGACAUCCAAAUAGAGUGAUAACAUCGAGUGCCUUUCUUAUGGGCAUAUACUGCAUUCCUCUGGGAACCCCAGAGGCAAAAAUGUACAGAAAACCUUAUUUUUCCCAAAUAUGAGAAUAAUUGCACAUGAUUUUAACCUGUCUAUUUCCAUAUUUAAGUGGCUGUCAACAUGUAAAUGCCCAUUGAUUCACUGUCUAUUUUUAUUUUUAUUUUUUUUUGCUUUUCUAAUUGUUUUCAAAUGUCUUUAGGAAGAGUUGAUGGGGAGGCAGGCAUUCUUUUUAAAUUGAGUUUAAUGAAAAUUCUCAAAGUUUGUUGUUUCUUCUCUGGUGUCCGUGGGCAUGAUCUCUAGCAGGCUUGGAAAUCUGCUUCAUUGUUUUGUAUACUUGACAAUUUUGUAUUCCGCAUUAUUUGACUUCAUAUGUGCAUGGCAAUGUAUUAAAACACAAAAUUUUUAUUACAGUGUAAAAAGUGUUUCAUUUCUGAUUUUGAACAAAUAUCCUUGGAAAAAUGACAUUAAAAUUUUCAUUUAUGUUUUCUUCAGAUCAUCGGCUUUUCAGAAGAAAAAAGAAAAGUUACUGCAUUUCUCUUUCUCUGUGUUAGUUAAUGAUGCAAUUCAUGAUGGAAAAUUGUCCUCAAUUAUACUGUGUUUCCUGCAGAAAUAAUACAUGUGAAAUGAA